AAAGCGCACCCUAGUUGUUUGUGAAUCAAUCCAAUGGAGAGUGAAAGGAAUGGAGCUGCUCCUGCCGUAGCAACUGGCGGAUCCGGCGCGAUUGAAUGAUCUGUGAGACUGAGGGUUUCCCGAUCGGGGCAAAAUGCCGCAGCCAGACGCGCUCGACGCGCUGGACCUAGUCGAGCAGGGUUUAGGUGCCAGGAAUUCGCCGCUGGAGCAGCAGUCGGCCCAUCAUCACCAGCAGCAUUCGUCCAAGAGCGUCAAGAUCGAUAGGUUUCUGUGGUUGCGCCGGAUCUUCCUCCUGGCUCUCAUUUUCACCGCCUCCUUGUCAAUGUUGGUGGCCCUCUUGUUCUCGCUAGCCCGAGUCAACAGCACCAGCCUUGGUCGUGGCGGCGGCGGCGGCUGGGAAUUCAUCGAGAUCUCGCGAGAGCAGCAGCAGCAGCUCUUGAAUCUCAGAUUCCCCAGGAACAUCGACGAGCUGCGAUCGCUCCGGGAGGCCUUGGGGAAUUACCAGCAGCAGCACCGCCAACUUAUCAAGCUCGGGAUCAUUUGCCUCUACUUGUUCCUCCAGGCAUUCAUGCUCCCCGGCUCCAUCUUCCUCAACAUUCUCGCUGGAUCGUUUUAUAGUUUCUUCGAAGCUCUGUUCCUUGUCACGGUUUUGGCGACUCUAGGAUCUUCGCUGUGCUACAUGCUGUCGCGCUUUAUUCUCAGGGACAUUGUUUACUACUACUUCCCGGAACGUUGCGAUCGCCUCGCCAAGGAGGUCCACUCUCACCGCCACAACUUACUGAAUUACGUGCUUUUCCUCCGGAUCACCCCGCUGCUUCCAAACUGGUUCAUCAAUGUCGCGUCUCCGCUGGCCGCUGUGCCUUUCAGGGAGUUUUUUCUUGGGACCUUUGUCGGUGUCAUCCCGGCGGGCGUGGUGGCUGUCAAGGCGGGCAGAAUUUUGUCGCAGCUCAAUUCCCUCAACGAUCUCUACGACUCGCGCACGCUGGCUGCGCUCUUCUUUCUCGCUUUUCUCGUCAUCCUCCCCGUGGUUUUCAAGCGCAGGGAGCUCCGAAACGCCGCCAAGGCAACUUAAUUCUUUCUCUACACUGACACUAUACAUCUAUCGAUCGCACUGUUCUUAGUAGGAAGAACGCGACGUGGAUAUGAGCGAGACACUAAACUACACUUCUCAAGCGAGUAACGUUUUUCCUUUUCUCUUUUUCUCGUACUAACGCAGCUCGUUCAAUCUGUGUUGGUAAGUUUGAUCUUACUAACGAGAUUCGUGUUUACGCGACUUGACCUUGAUACAGGACCACAUACUUUCGCAUCCAGAAUUUUCGAUAUGCUGUGACGAGUAGAAGCUCCACAGGACAGGCCUGUGGAACUCAGUGUUCAUGGCGAUUUGAAGCCAUCGCGUGCCAUGGUUACAAGCGAAGAGCAGAGUUGCAAUCCGGGUCCUGCUGCGAUCAUUCCGUCCCAGGAAAUAAAGUCUGUUGCCACGGAACUUCGCGCGCAUAGUUUUCUUGUCACAUUGUACGUGACGCGAGCUAUUAGAAUGUCAUAGGCAGCAGUGCAGGAAACGAGGUCCUCUUUCCUAUAGCACGCACGAAAUUUUCGUUUUCAAUGAUGGUUCCAGUAUUAUCGUC